AUGAUUCUUAUACUUGACACCUUCAACUUCCAGGCUAGGCCAGACCUCCGUCGCAAGGAAGCCGUCUGGAUCACCGAAAACGAAGAAUGGCUGCGUGCACAGCAGGAAAAGCUGCUCCUUGCCGAACUCGAAGCCGCAGAAGACAAGCCCAAGAAGCCCAAGCAAAAACGCAAACACCACCAAAUGGGCGACGGUAGCGUCCUUGAAGGCCAGCCCGCAGCCAGCGCCGCAGACGCCGCACACAAGAUGCUCAAGAGGCGCGCCAACAAGGCCUUCAGUAACCACAUCAACUACGACCGCCUCAAAGAACUCUUCCCAGGCGGUGGCGCCGCAUCAGCAAGUCCGGCGGAUAGCGCCCAGGGCACUAGCCCCGUUGCAAAAUCCCCGCCUACUACCACUACCACCACUACCACCACUAUUGUGCCCCAAGCCACACAUGCAGAUGCAGACGCCGAAGAAGAAGACGAAGACGACGACGACGACGACAACAUGCACGUCCAAGACGAAGACGAAGAAGAUCUCGAACACAAUUAUCUCGAUGAUGAGGACGAGGGCUUCGGCAACGAGACUUAUGAUUAUUAG